CAAAUUUGAAAUCUUUAAAUUUUUUUAAAUUCCAGCAGAGAAAUUCGUUAGUGUUUUUUAUUUACUAAAAUAAUUCUUUAAAUAUUACAAAUCUGAAUUAGAGCUAAAAAAAGCCAAGGAGAUAUAUGAAAAAUUUGAAGAAUCUUUACAACAAAACCUUUGUACUCACAAUAAGCAAAGUUUACCUGUAUCUGAUGUAAAUUCACAAAGUAGCAGGUUUAAAGGAAGUAGGAAGAUGCUCGAAACUAAGAACAUAAAAUCAUCGCCAUCUGUAAGCAGCACCAAAAAUGGGGAUGAUAAUUCAACAUUAAAAUUAGUUGAAAAGAAAAUACAUCAAUUUGAAAAUUAUUCCAACUUAAUUAAGCAACACAAAGAACCUGUAGAGAAGAAUCACUUUUUUCAGAUGUUAAAUAGUAACUAAACAUAUAAUUUCAGUUGAUUUUUUAUCUUUGAAAUUUUAAAUAGCAAUUAGUUUACUGGUGUUUAUUGAUCAAACUUCAAAGUCAUUGUUCUGCCAUUCAGAAAAAUAUACUUAUAGAAAUGGAUGUUACCUAUGCAUAUCAGAAAAAACGAAGCGAUUUUGGUAGACAGUGUUUAUUUUCUGAAAGGGGGCCAGAUUUAAUAGAUAACUUUCCAUCAAAUAAAAAGCUUGCCAAAGAAUUUAUAUUCAGAGAUCCAGUCGAUAGAAGUACACAAUGUGCUCCUAUUCAAGCAGAACACUAUUUAAAUACUAUGCGAGCAGAAUUUACAAACAGCUCUAUGAAUCAUAUAGAAGGUGGUUGGCCAAAAGAUAUUAAUACAGCUGAUGAAGAGCAGACAAAAAGAUAUCGCAGGAAAAUUGAAAAAGAUGAGGGUUUUAAUCAUACUAUGAUGCAACUUUUUAAAAGUAUGGAAAAUUGUAUUCAGCAAAAUAAUGCUAUUAAUAUAUAUCAGCAAUAUUUUUCUGAUGUUGAGCCUACACCUCUGGUUGAAAGAAGUUCAGCUCGAACUGUAAAUGUCUAUCAAGACCAAAGUUCUCCUACUAGGCCUGUUAAUUACAUAUCAUGGUCACCUGACAAUCAAACUAAACUAGCUGUAACCCACUGUAACUUAAAAUUCCAAAGUGUUGUUCCUAAGGAAACAACAUUUUCCUAUAUUUGGGAAGUUGAAAAUCCCAAUAGGCCUCUUUUAACCUUAAAGCCUGAAUAUUCAAUUGUAUGCCUGGAGUAUAAUCAAAAAGAUCCCCACUCAUUAGUUAGUGGUCAAAUUAAUGGUCAAGUAGCUGUUUGGGAUACCAGGAAGGGAUACGAACCUGUUGAACUUAGUUUAAUUGAAAACAGUUUUAGAGAUCCAGUUCAUGAAGUUUUGUGGAUUAAUUCCAAGAGUGGAGCAGAAUUCUUCAGUGCUUCUACUGAUGGUCAAAUUAAAUGGUGGGACAUAAGGAAAUUAUCAGAGCCGACAGAAACUUUGAUUCUGGAUUAUGCCAAAGAUGAAGAACAAAAUAUGGCAAAUGCCUUAGGUGCUUCAUGUUUGGAAUAUGAGACCACUAUACCUACACGUUUUAUGGUUGGUACUGAACAAGGAAUAGUUAUCUCAUGUAAUAGAAAGGGCAAAACGGCAAUGGAAAAAAUGUCUGCUAGAUUUACGACGCACAUGGGCCCAGUACUAUCGCUUCAAAGAAAUCCGGCUUUCGUUAAAAAUUUCUUGACCAUCGGAGAUUGGUCGGCGAAAAUUUGGUCAGAAGACUGCCGAGAAAGUUGUAUUAUAUGGACCGGAUUCCACAAAGCUAUGUUGACAUCAGGUGCUUGGAGCCCUACUAGAUUGUCCGUUUUCUUUACAACUAGAUCCGAUGGAAUAUUAGAUGUUUGGGAUGUACUGCAAGAACAGAAACAAGCGUGUCUCAGCGUAAAGGUUUGUGACGAAAGGUUGAGGUGCAACAGAACUCACGAAAUGGGAAAAUUGGUAGCGGUAGGAAAUGACAAAGGUACCACUUAUCUCGUCGAAUUCAGCGAUAAUUUAUCGGUAUCCAACAAAAAUGAUAAAGUGCUUUUAACAGCGAUGUUUGAAAGGGAAAGUCGCCGCGAGAAGAUAUUGGAAGCGCGUAAUCGAGAACUACGUCUGAAACAGAAAACGAAACAGCCGCAGCAAACCGAUGUUUUAGAUGAAGAACAAAUACAAGAGAAUAUAUCUGCCGUUUCGGAACAUGUAUUUAAUGAUAAUUUGGUUCAGCAGGCCGAAGCCGACUUUUACGAGACAUUUGAGAAAGAAAAGAGAGCCAUGAAACCUGUCGAAGAACAAGAACAGGAUAUUGAAACAACAGGGUCCGUUACGGACGUGCAAGACGAAGCGACGGCUACGUCUCCUCCGCCCCCAACACCCGAAACUGAUAAAAAUGCAGGCACUCCAGAACCGACCAAGGAAAAAGGAAAGAAAGGAAAAAAGAAAGCGUAGUCUUAAAAAUAAUUUCGUUUUGAAAGUUAACUAUUAAAUAUAGCCUCUGCUUGUUGUAGUCCUUGUUAUAAUAAAUCAUUUAUUUAUCAUUAGAAAA